ACCCAACUAAAGGCUAAAUUGUACAUUCCCAAACAACAAUUAUAUUAUGUCAAUUGCCACCGGAAUUUCUGCUAAUAAUAAAGAUAAUUGUCAUAAAACGGCCUUUAGUCAGGUGCUGGAGCUGGUAAAAAUUGUGGCUGCCGAAAAACAGGGCUUAAAUGUUCUAUUAUAUGUGAACAUUGCAAAGGUCAAUGGCGUACAAAUUCAAUAGAAAUAAAGAUUGAAGAUUAAGAAAAUUGUAAUUUUUUUGAAGAUAUAUUCUAUCAAAAUUUAGAAUGGGAAAAUGAAUAAGAAAAUGGAAAAAAAUUUUGUUUGAUACAUUUGUUAAAUAACUUUAUAGUGGAGAAAUCCUCCAUCGAUUACAUACUUUGCACUAGUAAUGCAUAUAACUUGUAUUUAGGAUAUAAAUAAGGAAAUAGGAGAUCAUGUAGCUUUUGUAAUAAUCCAUUAAAAUUUAAAAAUUAAACACUAUCUACAGAUUUGCAUCAAGGCGUUGUUUUUUGAUAAUGAUUUUAAUCACUGUCACAUAUCAUCUAUAUUGCACCCAAUUAUACACACUGUGCCGGGACAUUGCUGGUUUUUUUUUUAAAUAGCGAUUAGUUGAAAUAGUAGCAAUGGGUUUACUUUAAUUAUUUGAUUAUUAAAUUUAUUAUUUGUAUGCUUUAAGAAUGGCUGGUUCUCUCGCUACAAUUGCUAAAUUCUAUAACAAACAAACAUUUGUUAAACCCGAACCUCACAGUGAAUUAAUCGAUUACAUUUUAAAUUUCAAUCCUCGUAAAUUCGUUCAGAUAGGAUUGGAUCCAAAAGAUCGAUUUAACGUAACUAUUCGUUUACUAUCGUUAAUCCGUUACAUACUUAUAACGAUAGAUUUCCUACAACGGAUUUAUACGUUGAUGGGUAAUAUUCUGUCGCUAAUUCUCGACCCGGUAUCAAGACAAAGGAUUAUUUUAUUCAAGGAUGAAUACGUUACACUCUCAAAGACUACGUUUCAAGGAGAGUCUUCGCUAGUCUUUGAAUCGCAAGCACAAGAUGAAUGCCGAGUGUUACUCACCCAAUCAGACAUUUUAAAACUCAGCGCUUUGGAAUGUUGUAUCUUUGAGACUAUCAAUCAAAAGAUGACUGUAAUUCAACCAUUGGUUCUACAACAGUUGGAACAGAUGGCUCAAUAUAUGAAAUCUCAGUAUGAAGUAAAUGUGGAAAACAAAUAUAUGUUGAUUAAUGCGGUUUCGGAUUAUACGAUUAGAAACAGUUUACCCAAUAGCGAUCUGAGCUACAUAAGCCAAAUAAAACAAUUUGCGAGCCAGCAGUUGGAACAACGGUGGACGAUGCUGGAAGAAUAUACUAAAGAAAUGUCUUCUAACGGAGAAAACGUAUGCUCGACAUUUUUUGGGUCGCUGGCCGAUGAUACAAAAGAUGCAAAUAUACAUUCGGAAACAAUCAUACCAUCAAGUACAAACAACCAAAAAAUACCAACAGUAGUUGUUAGUAAUAGCUAUCCAUCGUAA